UCCUCCUUCCCUGCAGUGGCCCCAGCCUCCCCGCCAAGCUUCCUGGCCCCCGCCCCAUCCUGGGCCGGCUGCCGCGGAGACCGUGGGCCGGCGCUGGACGGUGCGGCCUCCAGAAGUGAUAGCUAAUUGGGGAGAGAAAGGGCCCAAUUGUCUGGUGGGGCCGGAAGAGCCGCGUGGGCUGCUGAAAGCGCCGGGAGGAGGUGGCCGCUUCGCCCAGCAGCUGCCGCCGGGGAUGUUUGCAGAUUACGUCAGUGCUGGCGAGCAGGGGGCGCGGGGACAGCGAGGGGGGCGGGCUCCCGGCGGCCUCCCGCCCCCCAGGCCCCUGGACAAUGCUGUCAUUGUCGGCACAGAGAGUGGUUAAUUCUGGAUGAAUGGUACACGGGCCUCUUGACCAAGGAGGCCGCUCGCCGCCCCCGUCUGUCCCCUCACAUGCCAGGGAGGCCCCGGGCUGGAGUCUGGCGGGCAGGGCUGGCCUGCUUGGUGGCACCGGAGAGAAGCGGGUGGUCCCUUGGGGGUGCCGGCUGCAGAGGCCCCCGGCUGGACGGAGCUUCCUGACCUGGGGCUGCACGGCGGCCACUUGGCAGCGCCGGGGCCCCACCUCAUCUUGGUUCGAGGACAGAGGCCUCUGCUGCUCCGUGGGGCCAACCUCGGGCAUGACCUCCUGGCCAGGUGGCAGCUCGGGCCCCGACCCGCUCCUGGCCCUGCUGGUGGUGAUCCUGCUAGCACGCCUCAUCCUGUGGUCCUGCCUUGGGACCUACAUCGACCACAGACUGGCCCAGCGGCAGCCCCGGAGACCCAAGCAGGACUAGGCCUUGACAGGCUGUGGCCUCCACGUGCCCUGCACUCAGCAGACCCUUCUGGUGGUGGUGGGAGGGAGGGGAGCAGGGCAGGCUCAUGAUCCCCACGUCCCACCCCCGGGGUGGGAGCUCAGUGAGGCCUGAGAUGGACCGUGCCUGCCCAGACCGACCAGGGCUGUCCCACAGAGGCGACCAGCCACGUGAUGAGAUGGAAGAGCUGGCCUUGUGGGUCCCUUAGCAGGUUCUGGGGUCCCCGGUUGCAGGGGGUGGUCCUGGGGGUGGGUCUUGCUUUAAGAUCUUCUCUGCCUCCAAUUUCUUAUAAGUAUGCCUGCAGGAGUUGCUGGGUGAGCCAGGGGACUCAGAUGGAGGGGCCACAGACAAAGGUGAGAGUGGAGGGCCAAAGCCAGCCCUGCGGCCCAAGGCCACAUCCUGCCUCAGCUCACCACCAUCAUGACCACUCUCCUCCUGCCUCCUGAGGGACAAGACAAGUGCGGGUGGCUGUGAUGGUUUCCCCAGAGCGGACCCCUGGGAGGGUCUCGAGACACACGCGUGAGGCUGAGUUCAAGUCUGGCUCUGGUUGACCCUCUGCACACUCUCCAACAGUCCAAAGCUCAGUGAGGGCACAAUGAUCCCUGCCUCCCUCCCUCAGCAGGACAUCACGUGUGGGACGCUUUAGGGGACAAGCCUAGGGACCGGCCAAUGCCCUCUGUUCAUCUGUCCUUGCACAUGUGUGGAUGGGAGGUACCAGGAAGGCCGAUGGGGCGUGGAAGUUGAUUUGAGGCCAAGCACCCGUGCCCCUGCCCCCACUCCCCAGCACAUUAGCUGUGAUGCGAGCCACUUAACCCACAGCUUGUGGAAGCUCCGUGGUUCUCAUGCCGGCUCCACAUUACAGCCUCUGGCGGGGAGUUUGGCAAACACCCAUGUCCAAGCUCCAUGAUGUACUUCCUGGGAUUGUUCCAGCAGAUUCUGGAUUGCGGCAAGGGCUGCUGACUUUGCAUGGAACAGUGAGAUGGAAAGGACCACGGUCGGCAGCCCCAGGGAGGAGCAUUGAACCAGAUACCGUUCCUGCGAGGUGGGACCUGGUGAUGCGGCUGCGUCUUGCUCCUUGCUUAGUGAUGGGCAUGGUGGGAACGCUCCCUCUGGGAACGUGGGCCAAGUCUUCUGAGCACGAAGUUCACAGAGGAGGUGAUUCCUGAGAAUUCUGAAAGGACUUGGGAGCGUCCAGCAAGAGCAGGAGCUUAGGUUGUCAUUCCAGGGCUGGUGUUGCUGACUGGGGUGAAUGGCCCCCCCCGGGGUGGGCAUGGAGCGGGCCGCUGGCUGGGAGCCCCUGCCUUGCUGUAUCCUGGCUGAAUGACCCCAGGGGAGGGCCAGAAACGCCCUUAUCGCUGUUUCUGUGGCACCUGAUACACUCACCUACGCCAAGAAAAUUUUUUUUUUGGCUUCCGCAGGACCCUCUGUGUGCAGAUCCUCUGUUCAAGAGAGCUGCAGAGAUGGGGGUGCUGGCGAGCAGGAGCUGAGACUGGCUGGGGUGGGACCGACCAAGAGUUUGAGGGUGGGGUGGUGUCCAGGGGGCCAUGUGAGGAUGACCUAUCGCAGAGGCUCCCUUCUCAUUCAUACCCUGAAGUCUGCACAGGGCAGGGGCUACGGUGCUCCAUUUCCAUUUGGCCUCUGUCGUGUCAGCCAGAGGCCAGCCGAACUCUACGGCCACUCCCCUGCGUCACGGACAAUUCGCCGCCACCACCGCGGCCUAGGGCUCUGCCUGGAUAUUCUCGCCUGAUCACAGGACUGCGGGGAGGGAUGAUCUCAUUGAUCUCUAAGGAAAAUACCGUUUGAGCUGGAGAAGCG